AUAUUGUUAACAAGCGAUACGUAUCGCCGUAUCGGCGAAAUCGUCGUAUCAUGUUACCGUCAAACGUUAUCAAACGGUCGUUAGUUUAAAACUGAUAACAGUCCUCUCCGACAGUCCGAACACUCCGAAAGUCCGAACAUUCCGAACGUACUAAAUACUAAUUUCGAUUGCGGUUUUUCUACUUCUCGUCGCAAAUUCAAAAUACAGCAUUUGGACCGUUUAAAUGCUGUUGUUGGUUUCAUAAAUUAAUAAUUAUUCUGGGCUCUUGUGAUAAACAUGUCUACGACGGUAUGCAAAUUCUAUUUACAAGGAAAUUGUUAUUACGGCUCGUCCUGUCGGUUCUUGCAUGAUCAACCACAGCGCUCAAACCAUGGAAUCUCAUCAAGGAGUUCUAGGAAUAAAAACAAAAGUUAUUAUGAAACUAUUAAUAGAGCAUAUAAUGAUGAUGACGAUCACGGACAACAUUACUAUGAUUCUGGAAGUAAAAACGCCAACUACAAUUAUAAAAAGGAUUAUGGCAACAGGGAUGGUUAUUAUAAUCAAAGAAAUGAUCGCAAUGAAUAUUAUGACGAUUCCAGUAAUCAUUAUGGCAAUCAAGGUCAAAGGCAGCGCAAUGUAAAGAACUAUAAUGAAGAUGACAACAGUCGGAGUAGAAAUUAUGAUUAUGGUGCGAACAAAGUUCAUGCUAGUUCAAAUCGGAAUACGAAUUUAGAUAGUAAAAAACAAACAUAUGAAAUCCACAAUGAUACAGAAAAAAUAUUAAAGAAAUAUGAAAAUGAUAUUAAAACUUACCAAAAUCAUGUAAGACAAUUAUCAAUGAGCAAUGCUUGGCCAUUCACGUGUUUUCAACCUAUUGGACAUGAAUUUCCUAUUCAACCAGUUGGAUGUUUAAAUUUUAUUGAAGUAUCAUUUGAAGAAAUUAGAUGUGAUUAUUACAUGACUAAAAAUAUUUGUGCCAAUCCCGGUUUGAUUCAUAAACGGAGUGUUGAUGAUUUAAUGUCAAAAGCUCAAAAGCAAAAAGAAGAUAUUUUAACACUUAAGAGGCAUGUGCAAGAAGAUCUUGUAUCAACAUUUAAAAAAUGUGAAAAUUCAAAAGUUAACAAUUUUGAAAACUCUAUACAGAUAGACCAAAAUAGUUACUGGGAUAUGUCUAUUAGAUCUUUGAAAACGCCCGUGAAUAAAAAAUCUGAAUUGGAGUCAUUUAGUUUUGUUACCAAAAAAAAAGAUAAGAACACUGAGAACGAGCCAAAAUUGAAGAUACUCAUGCAAACCGAAGUAUAUGGUAAAAUAGAUAAUGAAGCAUUUGCUCAAAAUUGUUUUACCAAUUUCAUACCAAUUAUGCCUCCACCUAAGAAGUACUGUUUAUAAUUUUUUUUUUUUAGUAAAUUAAUAGUUCAAUUUAAAAUAUACAAACAAAUCAUUGCUUUACCUAAAAUCAAUACUUUUUUCUUUUUUACUGGGAAUAUAGAAAUGACAUCUUAAAUCCAUAAUAAUAUUCUCAUCUGUUUUUAUAUUGCUCCAUCUAAA